AUGUUGGAAAGGCUUUUAUUUCGUAUGAAAAUACCUGAUGAAGAGACGCAUAGGUUGAUGGCACCAGAAGACGACGGCCGAUUCCGGUUACCAUGUCGUCGUUUGGCACGACUGACGCACUCCAAGAGAUAUCCUCUAAUUUCGGAUGAAAACGAGGUGAGCUUGUAUUCAACAUAUGACCAACAUUGUCCGAGUUGGGAUUUAUUCUUGAAAAAGUCUGAAGUUACUUGCCAAUUUGAUAAGUUGAUGGCGCCUCUCACUGACGAUGCCGGCGAAACGUUUCGGAAUGAACCAAGUCAAAGGUCCGAUGCUGGAAAUUACGAAUACUACAACAGAGGACACGGGGCUAGAUACGUUCCACAAGGUUGCGCUGAAACUCCCACCAAGGUCUAA